GAGGAAGUCAUCUCAAUCCAAUAUUGGAAAUUUGCAAGAUUUUAGAGGAUCGUGGGUAUAAAAUAACAUUAGCAGCUCCUGGAAAUUUUACAGCUAAAUCUACCUUAUACCAUUCAAUUCCGCAAAUAAUUACUGGAGAGCCUCCUUACACUUAUUCAUCACCAGAGUUUAAAGAAAUAUUUUUUAAUAAAUAUACUUUUAAAAGUUUAGCCGAUGGAAGAAUGAAAACUAAUAAGCGAUAUAUUGAAUACUUUAACAAGUAUUUACAAGCUUAUAAAGAAACUAAGGCCGACUUAUUUUUUUGCGACUAUGUAGCAAAUGAAGCUUGCUUUGAUCUAGCAUGGAAAUUAAAAAAGCCCGUCGUUGGGUUUGUUAGUAGUACAAUGUGUACAUAUGAUUUACUUUUUUUUUUUACUCCCCCGCCUCCCUUUAAAUCAGAUCCAAUGAUGGAUUUUGGCAUUUUCAAAAAAAAUCUAGAUUAUAUUAAUUCUCAAAGGGCUGAAGUCGGUGUUGAUAAACAUAGUGACUUCAGAGGAAGAAUAAUCAAUACUUUAUUUUUAGUUGAUAAUUUCUUCGGAUUUGAGGUUCCAUCCGCUUGGCCUCCAAUUCAUCAAGACAUUGGACCUGUUUUACCUGAUACUUUUUUCAAAUUUAUCUUCUGA